AUGAAGCCGAUGAGCAGGCCCAAGUUCGACGAGUGGCACGCCGACUGGGAGCGCCGCCGCUGGGCGAAGGAGGGUUGGAGCAGCGGGAGCACCAGCGCUGGAGGAGGUCCGCUCGCCGGCGAGGAGGAGGAGGCCCCCGACUUGUUGAAGGAGCUACGACAGUUCCUCAAGGACGACGCCAAGAGGAAGAGGUCCCGCGCGGCAAAAAAAACCGCCGUUUUGGCGCGCGCGGACGCUGCCGCGCUGCUCCAGCGGACGCGGAAAAACGGCGCGCGCGCUAAAAGUUUUGCCGCCCGCGCGCUUUCGCGCUAUCCCGCGCGGGAAAUCUGCCGCGUGCGUUGCCGCGCGCGCUAUAUAGAUGACACGCGCGAAGCGGCCAACUGCCACUCCGCCCACGCGUCUUCCUCCCGCGCCCUCUCUUUCCCCGCCGCUCUCCCUCCCGCGCCGCUCCACCUCCGGCCGUUCCUCCUCGACGCGAAGAUGCCGCCGCGCCGCCGCUCGUCCUCCGGCUACCGCGGCGUCCGCAAGCGGCCGAGCGGCCGAGUCGACGCGGAGAUCCGCUCCGGCGAGGAGCGGAUCCCGUUCCGCGUCGAAUGGGCGCGCCGCUUCCCGGAGGACGUCGCCGCCACGGCGGCCUUCUACGCGGAGAAAGAGAAGAAGGAGGAGGAGAAGGCGGCGGCGAAGGCGGCGAAAAAAGCUUCCCGCGAGAAGCGCCGCGCCGAGAUCGCGAAGAGGAGGGCCGCGAAGGCGGCGAGGAAGGCGGAGGAGAAGAAGAACGGCGCAGGGCCGUCGACGGUCGUCGUCUCCUCCUCCUCCUCCUUCGAGUGGACGACAACGCCGGUGUCGUCCACGACUCCGAGCAGCUCGGACUUCAACUGGGACUCCUCCGAGUAG